CGCAUUGUAUAAACAGACAAACACGAUUAUAUGAUACCGUGUCGGUAAUAAUAUCUUACAAUUAUAUAAAGGGAAAUACUUAAAGAGUACAUAUGAAUUGAUAAUCUAUGUUACUAAUCAUUUAAGAAAAUUACAAGUUAAAAAUAGUGGAAAAAAUAAUGGACAACUAUUAGUUAUCAGUUGAGCGUUUCAUUCAAAGUUUACAAAAAUGUCCGAAAAUUAAUAACUUUUGACGCUUGUUGACAUAUGCAUUGUUGAAAUGUGUGAAAAGGAGAAUAUUUUGGAAGAUUAAUUACAAGUUAACACAGAAGUGUUCUGAUCCCAAUUUUCUGUCAUAAGUAAGGAAGCGUCUUUCGUUGUGUAUAAAUCAAAAAGACAAAAAAGAAAUGGAAUGUUUACAUGUAUGGAGAUAGAAGUUGAUGUCUACGAGGAUGGUUGUAAUACAAGGAAAAUAUUGUAGGUAAUUGAAAGUAAGUCGUACAAUAUGGCGGAAAAACUCAUGAAUUAAAACUAUUCGGGAAUUGUUUGUCAUCUAAUCAUUGUUUUCAGACAUCACAUUUUGCACAGUAAUAAGAAAUGAAGCAACAAAACGUUUUCCUAAUACAGUAUUCGUGUACAAAAGAACAGUUUCAAGAUUGAAAUCUGUAUGGCAUUUGAUGAUAAAGCAACUCUGUUUUCAUCUGACCACUCCUACAGUUUCGAAAUAACAACUGUUCACUUCAACUUGUCAACUAAUUAUUCAAGUGACCUUUCCGAUACCGAUGUCAAAGCUAUAAGAGAGGCAGCAAAAUGGUUAUGGAUAAUCAUUUCACCGAUUUUACUCGUGUUCGGUUUGAUUGGAAAUAUAAGAAUAUUGUUAGUCCUGUGGAGAAUACAAGUUUGCAAGAAUUUAACCUAUAUAUUUCUAUUCAUUUUAGCCACGAUCAACACGGUUGUUCUCAUCGUUGGUCUGACAAGGUAUUGGAUAUUGGCAACUUUCGACUUCGAUAUUCGGGAUAUAAGUACGCCAGGAUGUGUCUCACAACUAUUUUUGAUUUAUUUUUCUAUGCAUAUGUCUUCCUGGACUCUUGUAUGCAUAACAACGAUCCGAUUCCUCAAAAUUAAGUUCUCUCUCCGUUCUUUUUCUAGAACAUUGAAAAUUUUGUACAUUGUAACUUUUGCGAUUUGUUUGGCACUGGAUUUUCACUUUGUUUUUACUAAUGGUCUUAUUUUAAUAGACAACAAAUAUGUAUGCAACAAUACAUCUAUCGAAUAUUUUGAAUUUGAAGAAAAGGUUUUUGUGUUGAUUGACUUAGCCGUGCUUUCUGUCAUUCCAUUCAUCAUAAUGUUCGUUAUGAACUUAUUUAUUGGAAAAAGAGUUUUGAAAUCCAUAGCUUUUCGUAGAAAAUCAAUUUCUAGCAACCAAAGCAGACAAAGUGUGAACCGUCAGAGUAAGAGAAUAACGCGAAUGUUAUUUUUUACCAGCCUGUAUUUUUUGAUAACAACACUUCCAGUCUCAGUUUUAUUUGUUGUUGACUCAUAUCUACCUGACAAGAAGUCUGUUAAAAUGGAGGCAAAUUUGGAACUUGCGAAAGCAGUUUUAUAUUUAUUCCAGUUUUCGUUUUAUGCUGUUAGCUUUUAUAUUUAUAUCGAGAGAAGGGAAAACUUCAGAAAGAGUUUGCCAUGCUGCAAAGACAAAAAGGAAUCUGAAAAUCCGGAUUCUUUUUCACGAGGAGCCUCUUCUUUUUCAACAGCUAGUCGUUAUUUGAGUUUCGAUGAAUCUACAAAUGGCACGAACAUUGAUAGAAAUUAUACAACUGAAAUGAACAUUAAUACUCAUUCAAAUACUUUUGUGCCUAAUUAUCAAUUACCAGAUAUCCAUCAAUCCUCGUUAUCUACAACUCGCCAAUCCAUUACGGAAUUACCGAACAGGCUGUCUUAGGAACCGUCAAAUUCAGUUCAUACAAUAAAUUUUCUGAUAUAGAUAAUCAUAGGAGGGGAGAUAACAUUCGAACAAAUCGAAUAUCAUUUGAGCUUUCUAGUAUUUGCCAGACUAUUCGGGAGUAUCAGAUCAAACUUGUAUUUGACGACAUUUAUGAACACAGAUUGAAGUGAACAAAUCAGUUCCGUCAUUUAAAUUUAAUGUCGUUGAAAUGAAUGAGAAGGAUUAUGGUAUAAAAUAAAGACUGUUUCCGUCUACUCUUAUUCAAACUGUUUGUAGUAUUAUUUUUUUUUUCUGUUACUAGUCAGACAAUAAAAUAGUAUUUGCUGUUUGCACAAAAUGCA